GGAAUGUCCAAGGAAAAGGAAUACACUGAUUAACUAAAAAUGAAGUUGUACUGCUAGAGGACGACUGGACAGUGGUGGCCAGAAACCCUCAAACUCCUUUGCGAAUGAGAUGUUGUAGAAAAUCUUCAGCAUAAAAAGAACGUGUGUGAAUGAAAUAACGUGACAUGACACUAGAUCGGUGACCACGAGGAUCUUCUCUCUCUCUGUUCUUUUUGUUUCACGAUCAUACACUGGUCGAAUAUGUAUCUUAUACUUCAUCGUGCGGUGACGGUGAGGGUGAUGCUGCUCGUGUUUCGCUGGCAGAGUACUCGAUCUAGGAUCGCCUCAUUCCUCGAAUAAUUUUGAUCUACUUUUUGACUUGAUGUUUCGGAUGCGGACCUCCAUAGAAGUUUCUUGUUGAUCUAUACUAAAGAGAUACACGAGCACGACAAAAAUCAAUCUAGGCAGACAACUUUUAUUACUUUAAUUCUAUGUGGUGGCAACCAAACAACUUUGGUAUUUAACUAAUGUUGGUUUUCUUUUCCUGGAAGAGAAUUUUGUUUUUUGAAAAGGACGAAGGUAAAAAUACAUGAGAACUGGCAACAAGGAGGAUGAGAAAGAUGAGUCUCCUCUGUUGUCUUCGUGCUUUCGGUUGUUACGACUGCCUGCUUCUUUCGUCCUAGUUGUUCAGAAGGCAAACGGCCUGAAGAACGAAGUAGAGCAUGUCGCGACCAACUGGAGCUACUUCGUUCACGGCCGCUAGAAGAACUUCGGUUUGCGAACAAUACUAAUAGAUUGCAGCCAGUGAAAACGGUGGUCGUGGUCCCGCUACCAACAACGCAUCUCUAGUAGCUUCAUUUAGUGCCAGUGGAGCAAGAAAGCGACCUCGCCUAAUAGAAAGUACUUUGGAAGACCAACAAGAGCGACUUGUAGUGCCUAUCCUCGUUGCGCAAUCGAAUAUACCCAUCAAACGCAGCGACCCUACUCCAUCAAAAAAACUUGGCGUAGGAGCAUGAUCGGAGCAUGAUCACUUGGCGUAUUCUGUAUAGGGAAUAAACGCAAACGCUGUUAGCAGUUCUGCCAAUAAGAAGUCGUAUUAAGCACCAGGAUAAAGCUGAACUACCGCUGCUAGUAUGUACUACUUCUACUAGUACUAGUAGUAACGAAAACUACUUCUUCUUCACCGCACGACCUCCAAGUCCAGCACCUCCAUCUACGAAGUCCAGAACCAAGAUGGAAGCCGCUUUAGAACGCGCUUCGCCGCUCAUUGGGAGUGCGGAGCUGGACUCAAGAAGGGCAAUAAGAGAGGAAAUCGAAGUAUUGCUAAACAAAUGGAUCGACUCCUUAUUACCUUCUGAGGAACAAUUAAGGGUUUCCACAGUGCAUCCUUCACCACCAUCCUUAGCUCCUUUUCAAGGGGAAAAGAGAUCAAGGAUGUUCUGAAAAAUGCAACUCGGCAACCUUUAAAACAAACUAGUAUUACAAGGCCACGAGGGAAGGUGAUGACCAUAGGAACGGGGACGUUGGAACUCCUCACACCCGAAAGCGAUAUAGACUUGGUCUGUCUACUCCCAGCACUGCCAGGACAAUCGCACAGAGCGGUGGAUGAAGUAUUUAUAAAUAUUUACUCUCAAUACCAUCUUCUCCACAAUCAACCUCGUUUCUAAUCACUAAAUUUAAUGCAGGGAUUAGUAUCCGAAACGACCUACAAUCUAGUCCUUUCAUCGUAUUUAUACUUGUUACAGCACAUAGAUGAAGUUGUGAAAGGGUCUUACUAGGUCGUUCUUAGAGCUUCAACUAACACUUGUAACUAUCUCUAUCAUUUUUACUCCACUUCUAUCAGAACGGCGAAGUGCGAUCGCCGCUCAGAAACAGGUGGAUAGAGGAGUUUGGAGCCUUACUGCAACAAAAUGAGCACGUGGAAGAUUAUAGUAAGAUAGACACAGCCGCCAAUCCUACACUGUGCUGCAAGUACAGGGGCGUCGACUUGGACAUUCUUCUCAGUAUAUUACCAAGAAAAACCACCAUCGAGCCUGAGUUCCUGGAAGUCAAUGCGACACAUGACAAUUGUACUUCUUUGAUGCUUUAGGCAAAUUCGUGUUUUCUAGUACUCGCUUAGUAGUUGUAUUACGAGGAAGUAGUUGUAGGAGUUUUACCUUUACGACUAUUGGAGCUGGAGGUACUGCACCAUGCGCAAGUAGAAUUGAAUCAGUCUCCAAAAUCUUUCAAACACAUCAUUCAUCACAGGGCAAACAUUUCAAGACGACACAGUGCUAGCUGAGUUAGACGACGCUAGCCAGCGUUCCUUAAACGGCGUGCGCGUUGCGCGGCUGCUGUUGUCCGAUAGAUCUCUAGUGCCAGACGUAGCUGUCUUCAAGCUAGUACUGCGCUUCGUCAAGGCUUGGGCAAAAGCACGCGGAGUUUACAACAAUAUCUCCGGAUAUUUCGGAGGCAUUACGUGGGCUCUUUGUGUUGCGAAGGUACUUACAGUUCGAAAAAAAUGAAAAAAUUGAAAGGUACUAGUUCAUCUCAAGCUAAGAGUAAACCACGCCUCGAAAAUGAUGAAUUACCUACAAAUAAUGCUAAAUCUUUCAAAUUUCCAGGUCUUCAUGAAGCAUCGGGAAGAGAGGAGUGCGGAGGAACUCGUUUGUCAAUUUUUUAAGUAUUUCACCGAAAUCGAUUACGAUAAGGAGACAGUAGAACUGCGAACGCCAAUAGCACCGAAUACAGACGAAGCCACUAAGAAGCUCAUCGCCAUGGAAAGCGCCUGGACAACUAAAGGAGAUGCAUCAGUGGCGGUGGUAUUUUUACACUUCUGAAUAACAACUAAAGGAGAUGCAUCAGUGGCGGUGGUAUUUUACACUUCUGCAUAACUAAGGCAGAAACCGAAACCGUGGACUGCCUGUGGACAACCUGAACCUUCUGUACAAGAACAAAUCAAUAUCUCCAUAUCAUCUACUACCGGGUUACCACUUUAUAACUAUAACUAUAUUACUUCUACAUUAAUUAUAACUAAGGCUUGAAUUCUUCUAGAAGACCAAGACAUUGCUUUCGUUUUGAACUGGAAUCAACAUACACAACGAUUAAAGGUCCCUCUCAGCACCACCAACUAAGUACUUACAUCGAUACAACUAGGUAACCCCCUGUUUUCCUCCGAUGAAUUCGUGUCACAAUGUGAAUGA